UUUCAUUUUGAUUCGAACACUCGUUGCGGAAUGUCGCUAUACUUUGCGUUUCUCACGACACUGAUAAUCAGCCUUGUGAAUAGUCAAUACUUUAACUACAAUCAGAUACGACGUGAAACAUAUGGCAGUAAUCCCAGAGCGACAUUUCCCUGGGUGGUUUCUGUGCUCGACCAGAGGGAUUGGCUGUUUCGCUAUAUAGGAGUGGGAUCUCUGAUUAAUCCAAAUGUGGUCCUUACUGCCGCUCAUAUUCUGAAUGGAACAACCAAGUAUGAUCUGGUGGUGCGAGCUGGCGAAUGGGAUACCUCGACUACGGCUGACCAGCAGCACGUGGAUCUCGAGGUGCUGAAUAUAGUCUCCCAUGAACAGUUCAACAGAUUCAAUGCCGAAAACAACAUGGCGUUACUCAUUCUGGUAUCCGCAUUUGAGAUGACAGCCAACAUUAAUUUAAUCCCAUUGUACCUACAAGAAGCUGGUAUUCAAAAAGGAUCCUGCUUCUUCAACGGCUGGGGAAAAGUAUAUUUGAACUCGACGGACUACCCCACCGUUCUCAAGACGGUCCAGGUCGAUCUUUUGAGCAUGGGUAUGUGUAGCUCUCGAAAGCUGCCCAUCCAGCAAAUCUGUGGGAAAGGUCUGGAAGGCAUAGAUUGCAGUGGAGACGGUGGGGCUCCUCUGGUUUGUCGGAUACUUACAUAUCCAUAUAAGUACGCACAGGUGGGCAUUGUGAACUGGUUAAGUCAAAAGCCUGUCGAAAAUACAUUCAUCGUCUUUACGAAUGUAGCUGGUCUGCUCCCUUGGAUUGACUACCAUUUAAGACUUGAAGCGAACUUUCGUCCCAGAAGUUGAAAACUAAAGCCUUAGGCAGUUAGCCAGUUAUUUAUUAAAUCUUUAUUCGGAGAAUCAGAAAAGAGAGCAAAUAGUUAUCUGCAGUUAUUUCCUAAAUAAAAUGUGGCCUGUGUCCAAUCACAAACAUUCUACCACGAAAAUUUAUAUAUACAUUCUGAGUAAAAAUACUAUUUCAUUAUCAACUUAAGUCGCUCAAUUCAACAUAAUCAGUUCAAGAAGUGCUGUGCAAGUAUUAUUUUAUUACUUCGUACCAUAAACUUUGUUGCUGCGCAACACGGCGGAUGCGCGAUGUUCAUUGAAAAUGCUUUUUAUAUUCCUAGAAAAAUAACUUGUAAAUAUUGUAUUGUGCCUCGUUUUUUCGCCAAGUGUACAACGCAAGCAGAAAUAAUCUCGGCUAAAAAAUCGCAUUUAAAAGAUGGCAGGUAGCUGAAAUCUGGAGAGGUGGCCAGGAGUUUUGUGGGUGAAACGGCGUUCAAAAGUUAAAGUGUUGCCAUUUUUCAUUUUUUGCACGCUACUUGUUUGUUGUUUUUGGCUUGUUUGUUUGUUUGUCGCUCCACAAAGGCGAGUGUGUGUGUGUGGGAGCAACCAACACAAGCACACGAAACAUAUGAGAGUUGCGUUUGCCCUGUGAAAAAAAGAGCGAUUCGAGUGCUUGUUAGAAAGAGUGCGAGUGCGGUGGGAAAGGGACGCCAGAUGGAUGGGGCAUACGAGUGUUUGCAUGUGUGAGUGAGAUCCUGAAACUCGUUUUGCCGCUAAUUGGAUGCUGAAGGUGUCCUCCGCGUGAGUGUGUGUGUGUUUGUAUGUGUGUAUGGCUGCGGUCAUGUAUCUGUGUGUGUGACGUCCGGAGUUGAAGUUGCCAAACAUCAUUAACAGCAGACCGACACGCCCAACGCCCACGAACUUUCACACUUAAACACACAUGUAUUUGCACCCUGUUUUUCCAAAUUAAUUCAUUGCAAAAGGAAAGCCAUAUUUUAAAUAUCUGAAUAAAUGAAUAUAUUUUAAAAUGUGGUGAAAAAAGUGU